AUGGAGGGUUCAACGCUGACACAGAGGAGGGCUGAGUGUCAGUUGAAGGAUAGGGAGAUCCAGACAGACUACAUGAUGGAGCUGGGAGCCAGGUUGGUUCUGGUGAGACAGAUCCAGAGGGAGCAGGAGAAGGAGAUGAAGAGGAUUUGGUUUGAGACGAGGAAAAUGCCAAGCCUGAUUGAGGAGAAUGUGAGAGAUGUGACCAAACGUCCACUCACUGAGUUCAUGGCUCCCUGUAUUGACUCCCUCCCACCACUGGCUUUCACCAAUCGGAGGCCAAUACCAACCAUGUUGCAUCCCCCCUCUCCAUUGGUCAUACGCACUCAGGAUGCACAGCGAUUCAUUGUAUUUUCCUACUUUGUCCCUGCUGAGUGCCCAGUUUCCACAGAGGCCACAGCAGAUGUAUCUGCUGGUAGAAGAGAGGACUUGUCGACAGAUACACAUCUUUCCUCAAUGCUGCAUCGAUACCUGCCACACUUCUUUAACAAUGACUCCAUUCCACCACAGCAGACAGUAGAGGGAACCACUGAGGACUCAGAUUCUCCAGUGGCAAUAUCUAAUAUCAAGGAAGAGGACAGAUUCUAUCCUUUCUCCCUCCCACCACUGGCUCAGCGGUUCAUUGGCAAUUCAUUCAAAGUCCCGGAAACCUCCCAGCCUGCUGUUUCAGCCACGGAGUGCCGAGUUGCCACAGUGGACACUGCAGAUACAGCCACUGUCAAGAGAGAGAACCGAUGGGCAGCUACAAUUCUUCCUUCAGUGCUGCCUCCAUGCCUGCCACCAGUCGUUGACGAUGACUUAAUGCCUCCAGAGCACACAGUAGAGGAAUCCUAUGUGGUCUCAUUUGCUACAGAGGCCACUUCAGGCACAGCUACUGUUGAUGGAAUGGACAGAUCAGCAGCUAAAUGCCCUGUCCCAAUGCUGCCUCCAAGUCUGCCACGUGUCUUUGACGACAAACUGCCAGGGGCGGCAGUAGAGGGAACCAACAAGUGUCCAGUUGCCAGUGAAACAACCAAUGAUGAGGAAAAAGAGGAUGUACCCGAGUCCUCCCUUGCCACAGAGAUCGCUGUAGGCACAUCCAUUGUCCAGGGAGAGGACCUGGAUAAAAGCCCUGCUCCAAGGCUGCCUCCAAGCUUGUCACACGUUUUGGACAAUGACCAUAAGCAGCCAGAGGAGACGAUAGAGGAAGCCACUGAGUGCUCAGUCGCCGCAGAGGCAUCAGUUGCUAAUAGAGAGGAUCCAUCAGCAGCCACAGGUCUUCCCUUAGUGCUGCCUUCAAGCCUGCAACUUGUCUUUGACAAUGACUACAAACUACCAGAGGAGGCAGUAGAGGGCACCAGCAAGUGUCCAGUUGCCCGUGAAGCAGUCGCUUCCGUGUCCACUGUCCUCCAAGAGGAGUUUUUGGCUGAAAAAAGUCCUCCUGCACCCACAGCACUGUCUCUAAGGCUGCCCUGCACCCACAACAUUGACCACAAACAGCCAGAGGAGACCGUUGAGAACACCACAGAGUGCUCAGUUGACAUAGAGGAAAGUGCAGUUGCAUCCACUGUCAAGAGAGAGGAAAUGAUGGGUGAUAAAAGCCCUGUCCAUGCACUUCCUCCAAGCCUGGCAUGCAUCCAUGACAAGGACCACAAGCAGCCAGAUCAGAAAGGAAGGGGCACUACUGUGGAGGUGGAUAUCUGCCCUCACGCUCAACAGCUGGUCUCAGAUGCUAACUUAACUCUGGCAACCCGCAAUGAUGAGCUGCCCAACCCUCUGAUCUGCGUAGUCACUAAGAUGCCUGUUAGAGUUGGAGCAUCCAUAUGCAGGUCAGAGGAUGAGGAACCCAGGCCCUGGACCCUGGAAGAGGCAAAGGAUCAUUGGAUAGGCAUUGAAAUUGAGAGUGAAGAGAGGAGCGUCACUGAGGAGGUGAGCCCGAGGGAGGGAUUGAAGAGUGAGGCGGAUUGUGCCCAUUCCAAGUGCUCUAUUGGGAAGGUUUCAACAGAGAGAGCAGAAACCAUCCUGGGAAGAGUGGGCUUUCUGCUCAUGAACCAAAUGCAGAAAAUCCCAUUUUUGAAGAUGGAGGAAAAAGAGAAAAAUAAGAAACUGAAUAAGAAGUUGAAAGAUGAAGAGAAAGAGAGAAAGGAGAUAAAACACAAGGAGGAGGAGCAAAAAAAGAGGGAGAAGAAAGAGAUGAAGGAGAGAGAGAAAGAGCAGAAGAAAGUCAUGAAGGCUGAGAAGAAGAGGGAGAAGUUAGAACAGAAAAAGAGAGAGAAGGAAAGAAAAGAGAAGGAAAAGGCAGAGAAAAAGAGGUUAGAGGGGCUGAUGAAGAUACAUAAUGACAUGAUGAAAGACAGAAUUAAGAAAGAGAAGAAGUGUUCUGAGGAGCUGAAAAAGAGAGAGAAAGCUCAAGCUGCAUUCUUGGAGAUGGAGAGAAAGAUUCAAGAAAAGGAGGAGAAGAAGAGAGAAAAGAUGAGGAGAGAGGAGAGGAAGAGACUGGAGGAGAAGAAAAAGAGGGAACCAGCUGGAGGUGGAACUGAGACGGUGAUAGAAGAGCAGGGAAGGGAUGAAAGCUUGAAGAUGGAUGAGUAGACUGGGUAAUAGAGAGUAGGGAGGGAGGGAUAUGGUAUUUUUGCAUGCAAUG